AUGGGAAACCAAUAAGUUUUGGUAAAUUAUGAUUCUGCCCUUGUUUUUGUACAAGACUUAGGAAAUCAAUUAUUGGAUAAAGGAAGUUUUUAACAUCCUUCUUUAGGAUCUAUUAGAUUGUGGUAAAUUAAAAAAGAACCAUAAAAGUUGUUAUUUUCUUUUGUAUUUUGAUGUUAUCAUUUAAGGUUUUGUCAACUUCAGAAUUAGAUUCAUCUAUAUUAUAAGUUCAUUAAGUUAGAUGUAAGAUGUAACAUCCAAAUUUAUUAAAAUAUUAUGCCUGUUUUAAGGAAUCAAGAAUUGGUGGUGUGGAGAAGUAAUAAUAUUUUUUUGAAUAUUAUCCAAAAACUUUAAAAUAAAUUACUAUUUGUGCUCCAUUAAAAGAAGAAAAUAUUUGGGAUGUAUUAUAUUUUUAUAAAAAUAAAGUUUGUUGAACAAAUUAUCAAUGUGAUGGAAUAUUUGUAGCAAUUAAAUAAAUUCCAUGGAAAUUUAUCAACAGAAGCUAUUUUUAUUGAUGAAUUCUAAAAGGUCAAACUUUUGGAUAAUUUGGGCUAAAAACGCUAAAAUGAAUUUUCAAUAUCAGAAGAUAUAUUUUCAUUAGGAUUAAUAAUUCUCGAAAUGAUGACCCAAAGGAGUAUGUUUUUUUAUUAUAUAUGAUUAGCAAGCCAAUUGAAUUUCAAUAAUGCUUUAAAAUAAUUAAUGGGUUAGUAUAGUUUAUAAUUACUUUAACUAACAAGCAAAUUAUUACAAAAUGACGUUGAAAUAAAAACAGAUUUUAUUGAAUUAAAAAAAAUCAUUAAUAAUAGAUUUAAAAUUCCAAUAACAAACAAAUAGGCUUAGUUUAUAAAAACUGAAGAAGGAUAUUCAACUAUAUCUUAUGUUUAAAUUUUGGAUAAAUAAGAGAUUGAAAUAAUUAAAUAAAAAUAACUUUUUUAACAGUAAAAUCAACAAUAGAUGAUAAAUAAAUUAAAAUAAAGCUAAACUAAAUAAAUAUAGGAAGUUAAAAUCAAAUUAUUAUCACAGUAAAUUGUUUAGCCAUAAAAAAUAUAAAUUAAAUAAAACUUAAUCAAAAAGAAUUCAAUAAAAUAAGUUUCUUUAUAACUUAAUAGGGAUGAACAAUAACAACUUAUUAGUUUUGUAGAACAAAGAGGCAAUCCAGUACCUAAUUUUCAUUAAUAAAGAUAUUCUCUUUAAAUAUAAAAUAAUACUAUAAAAACAUAAAAAAAAGAUAAAAUUUAGUAGUAGUGUUCUUAAUAAUCAGAUAAUAUUUUAAAUAAGUAAAUCAUCCUAAAUUUAUUAUAACGACAAGGAAAUAUAAAUAAUUAAUUAUAGAAUUAAUCAUAGAAACUGGAUUUGCGUUCCUCAAUUAGUUCUAGUCAUAGCACUUAAAUUUUUUAAUCUCAAACUCAAAGAAUAUCAACUUGUCCUAAUUCUGUUAACUUAAAGUCUAAUCAUACAUUUUCAACUGUAAUAAAUAUUGUAAUUAAAUUUGUAGAUACCAAUUCAUCCAUCCAAAAAAAUAAAUAAAAAAUGA